AUGGCCAAAGACAACUCGGCUUUCUCUGCCCCCAUCUCUGAGGGCAAAGCACCCCUUUCCUCGCAGCCGGCCAAGUCAGCGGCCUUGCGGCGCCUGGGCGAGGGCCCUGAGAAGGCCGAGAAGAAGCGUGGGCGCCAACGCUACGUGGAGAAGGAUGGCAAGUGCAACGUCCAGCACGGGAACGUGCGAGAGACCUACCGCUAUCUCACUGACAUCUUCACCACGCUGGUGGACCUGAAGUGGCGUUUCAGCCUGCUGGUCUUCAUCCUGGCCUACGCGAUCACCUGGCUCUUCUUCGGCCUCAUCUGGUGGUUCAUUGCCUACUGCCGGGGCGACCUAGACCAUCUGGGGGACGACGCUUGGACCCCCUGUGUCAACAACCUCAACGGCUUCGUCUCGGCCUUUCUCUUCUCCAUCGAGACCGAGACCACCAUCGGCUACGGGCACCGGGUCAUCACCGACAAGUGUCCCGAGGGCAUCAUACUGCUCCUCCUCCAGGCCAUCCUGGGCUCCAUGGUGAACGCCUUCAUGGUGGGCUGCAUGUUCGUCAAGAUCUCCCAGCCCAACAAGCGGGCGGAGACGCUGGUGUUUUCCUCCCACGCCGUCAUCUCGCUGCGGGAUGACCACCUCUGCCUCAUGUUCCGGGUGGGGGACCUGCGCAACUCCCACAUCGUGGAGGCCUCGAUCCGGGCCAAGCUGAUCAAGUCCAAGCAGACCCAAGAAGGGGAGUUCAUCCCCCUCAACCAGACGGACCUCAGCGUGGGCUUCGAGACGGGCGACGACCGCCUCUUUCUGGUCUCCCCGCUGAUCAUCAGCCACGAGAUCAACGAGCACAGUCCUUUCUGGGAGGUGUCCAAGGAACAGCUGCGGAAGGACGAGUUUGAGGUCGUGGUCAUCUUGGAAGGGAUGGUGGAGGCCACAGGGAUGACGUGCCAAGCGCGGAGCUCCUACCUGGUGGACGAGGUCCUGUGGGGACAUCGCUUCAUGUCGGUCCUCUCCUUGGAGGAUGGAUUUUACGAGGUGGAUUACAACAGCUUCCACCAGACCUUCGAGGUGCCCACCCCCAGCUGCAGCGCCCGGGAGCUGGCGGAGGCUGCAGCUCGCAUGGACGCCCACCUGUACUGGUCCAUCCCCAGCCGGCUGGAUGAGAAGGUGGAGGAGGGGACAGAGAAGGGGGACGAGGGGGACAAAGAGAGGAACGGGAACCUCACCAGCCCCGAGAGCGAGUCCAAGGUCUAA